GAAAGCAACGAUGUAAAAGACACUGCUCAGCUCCUCAUUUUUAUCCAAGGAAUUAACAAUACUUUUGAAAUAACGGAGGAGUUUUUGACAAUGGAGUCUCUGAAAGGAAAAACACGGGGAGAGGACUUGUAUGACCGGGUGUCUGCUGUCAUCGAAAAUAUGAAGCUCCCUUGGAGUAAACUUAUCAACGUCACCACAGAUGGAUCUCCUAAUUUGACGGGGAAAAAUGUCGGCCUGCUGAGGAGAAUACAGAAUAAAGUGAAAGAUGAAAAUCCUGACCAGGUUGUUAUUUUCCUUCACCGCAUCAUCCACCAGGAAUCUCUAUGUAAAUCGGUAUUACAGCUGAAUCAUGUUGUGAAUCCUGUCGUAAAACUUGUCAACUUUAUACGUGCAAGGGGACUUCAGCACCGUCAGUUCAUCACGUUCCUGGAGGAAACUGAUGCAGAUCACCAGGACCUACUUUAUCACUCCCGCGUCCGCUGGUUAAGUUUGGGCAAAGUGUUUCAACGAGUAUGGGAGCUCAAAGAGGAGAUCGGUGCAUUUUUGGAGUUACUGAGGAAGGCCGGCGAAUUUCCUGAGCUGAGCAACAAGAGCUGGCUUUGUGACUUUGCGUUUGCUGUGGAUAUAUUUUCACACAUGAAUGAACUGAACGUGAAGCUACAGGGGAAGGAUCAGUUUGUGCAUGACAUGUACACAAAAGUGAAAGCCUUUAAAUCCAAGCUGGCUUUUUUCUCCAGGCAAAUUUCGAAUAAGUUAUUCACUCAUUUUCCCACACUAGCCACGCUGGAAGAGGCCGGCGCAAAUCAUCUCCAGAGCCUGCUGGAUCACUUCCCCCAGGCCUGCAAGGGAUUUGGUCUGACUAUCAGCUUGAAAAAGACAAACAGCUUGGGACAAGAUUUAAAGGCACUAUCAGUCAUUGCAAUUGAUAACUACAAACUGGAUGUUGUUUCUGGGUCCACCUUCAGUGACAACAUCUCCUUGGAUGCAGAAAUUGGCCAUCUCCGCCACAUCGCAAAAGACAUCCUCUACAAUGAGCUGGCUUUGGGCAAGAGAACUUCUGGCUGCACACAGCUGUGCUACAAGGAUGUCUGCAACCGGGAGAUGAAGGUGCUGAACAUCAACAUUGAGUCCUGGGAGGAAAUUGCGGUUGACAGCACCAAGUGA